AAAAAAUGGUUAAAUAAAGUUUCUUCAUACACCGGAAGGUGAAGAACACAGAGACAAUUAUUUUAUGACAAGGCAUACAGUCACUGAUGUUACACUAUUACCAGCCACUCAACAAGCGUACUUAGGGGAGCGCAAUUCUGUCGCCUGGGAAAUGUUCCUGUACAUUAUUGGACUGGUGGCUUUUUGGUUUGUGUUCCGCUGGUACAGGGAACUCGCAAGAGUACCCAAUAAAGGAGAGAAAUAUGUCUACAUCACUGGCUGUGACUCUGGGUUCGGGAACCUUCUGGCCAGACACCUGGACAAGCUGGGCUUCUGUGUGAUCGCAGCCUGCUACACUGAGAAGGGGGAGGAUGAGCUGAAGAAGGUCUCUUCUGAACGAUUGAACACAGUCCACCUGGAUGUCAUCAGCACUGACAGUGUCAACAAAGCAACAGCAUUCAUCAAAACCUUGGUUGGGGAGAAGGGUCUGUGGGCUGUGGUGAACAAUGCUGGAGUCUCUGUACCAUCAGGUCCCUGUGACUGGAUGACCGUCGACGACUACAAGUCCAUGUUGGAUGUUAACCUUAUUGGAGUCAUUGGUGUGACUCUGAGUGUCCUGCCCCUCAUCAAGAAGGCCAGGGGCAGGGUGGUGAAUGUGGCCAGCGUGUUUGGGAGGAUAAGUGCCUUUGGGGGUCCCUACUGUGUGUCAAAAUAUGGAGUGGAGGCUUUCAAUGACAGUCUACGGAUGAACAUGUCAGCGUUUGGAGUUAAAGUCCUGUGCCUUGAACCAGGAUUUUUCAAAACAAGUGUGACUGAUCUAAAUCUCCUGAGAAAGAAUGUAAAGACAUUGUGGGAUAAUCUGUCUGAAGAAAUCAAAGAUCAAUAUGGACAUGAUUACCCAGAGAGAGCAAAUGUGACAUUGGAGAAGAACGUUGCGACGUUGCUGGAUGGGGACCUGAUGAAGGUUGUGAGCUGCAUGGAGCACGCCAUCUCUGCUGUCCACCCUCGUACUCGCUACUCACCUGGCUGGGAUGCCAAGUUCUUAUGGUUGCCAAUGUCCUACCUGCCAACUUGGAUCGCUGACAAAAUGCUCUUAAAAGAUAUGGCCAAACCAACAGGAUCUAUUCUUUAAUGUUAAUGGUUGUCUGACCAAAAGUAAGAACAAGUCUUUAUUUACACCCAUGGGACAGCAAGAAAUUCAAUUUUUGUCCAAUGAGAAAAAAGUAUUGCAUUUGAUUCAACCAAUGAAUGAAUGAAAAAUGAACAAACUUUAACAAGAGUUGAGAUUUGCGUUUUGUCUCAUCACAUUUUGUAUUUGUAUGGUGUUUCACUGGUCUGAUAAUAAAAUUGAAUGGAAAGAG